AUGGUCUCCCGAGCCUGCUGCUGGCUGUCCUGGUGCCUGCUCAUCUGUGUCAUUUCAGCUGAAGUCCAGGAGCAUGGCAGAACUCCCAAGGCUCAGAAAAAGAGAGCCUUCAAAGCAGCCAGCCCUGGAGACGUGAAGCCCCCAGGAGCCCCAGGUGGGAAAAAACCCAAAGCAGACCUCAGCCAGAAGACCCUGGAGAUGGAGGCUGCAGCCCCAAGCCUCCCAGCCUCCUCCAUUCUGACCCUGGUGUUAGGGAGGGGCCGCUUCCAGAAGGUGGGGGACUCUCUCAGCCUGCGGGCUGGGGAUCCCCUGGAGCUUCGCUGCCGGGGGAAGGUGGUCCACUGGAGGGUGCCUGUAUACCUGGAAGAGGAGGGCAAGGAACGCCUGAGAAUCAAGCACUUCAGCCAUCACAGCCAGCUGCAGCUGGUCAACUCCACGAGCGCGGACACGGGGGAAUACAGCUGCUGGGCUCAGCACUGCCAGGAUGGCGAGGGCGCAGAAGGCGAGGCCCGCAAGGGAAAGACCUUCAUCUUCUUCACAGGUGCCCUGGAGUCAGGCCUCCAAGAACACCCAGAGGAGCUCUUUGUCCCCACUGAGGAUUAUUAUAAGGUGGUGCAGUUGCACAGCCAUCAACCAGUCCUGCUUCCCUGCCAGGUGACCAACCCUCUGGCCCACGUGACACUGCAUCGGGAGUUCCCCCCGGAGGAAGUCCCAGUGGAUGGGAUAGACAUCUCCUUUGACGUGAAGAAGGGCUUCACCAUCCACCGGCCCCGAGCUUCCUUGGCUGGAGCCCUCUUCUGCUUGGCCAGCCUGGGUGGCUUGAGACAAAUCUCUACCAAGUACAUGCUGAUCUACAUCAAGUACCCGUCAUCCUCCCCCAAACCCACCAUCCAAGCUUCAGCAACAUCAGUCCAACUGGGAGAGAACUUCAGUGUGACCUGCACGGCUCUGGGUGAGCCAGACAUUGCUGUGGACUUUAUCUGGGAAUAUCCAGGGCAGAAGCUGGGCCGACCCCCCUACGUCAGCGAGUGGGCCAGUGUCGUUCGCCAAGAGGGCCAGGUACAGCAGGAGGUAGGGAGUACCCUGCAUGUGGAAGAGGCCCGGGCUGGGGACUCUGGCAUCUACACCUCUCUGUCCCUGGCUGCAGGCAUCCUGGUGUGGAGCAGCGGCCAGAAACGGGGGGUGUGGGCCACUUCCUUCCCGGUCCCCCAGCCCCUGGUCUGA